AUGGUGUUUUCGCGCUGGUUCGUGUACCAGGACGAGCGCAAGAGGCGAAAAACCUCGAAGGUCUCCGAGAUUUCUCAUGUCUCCGAGGUCUCUCAAGUCUCUCAGGACUCUUCAGGUCGAUUGGUGGCGCCGGUACGAGUAGUUAAACGUGAUCUCGAAAAACCACUUCCACCGCUACCAGUAAGUAUACAUACCUGCCGAUAUACUUCGUUGUUAAGUUCAACAGAGGCCCAGGCCGCGGCCUGUAAGGUGUGUGACAGGGGACGGACAGGGACAGGGCUAGUCGUUAUCAACGCCAAGACAGCAGCCUAUCAGGAAAGUCCGUGCGCAGCAUCUAACCUAUUAUUAGUCGAGCUGCCGGUUAGUGCUGGUCCUGAUUCAGUUCUCGAUCGGUCUGGGGAAGAAAAAAAUUAUGAGCCGAGAACUGAAAUUAGGACUCCAUAG